GAGAACAACCCGGAAGCGGGAAAUUUGAAAAAAUAUUCACGGAAACAGGUUCUCAGGUCUGCCUUUGAUCAAUGCUGAUUUGAAAAGUGCUGCAGGAUUUGAAAUGAGCUCACUGUUGUACUUAGGGGUCUUGGCUACUGCAGUCCAUUUUGAGUAGGUUUCAGCCACUGGGAGAAGCUGGAAUUGUUUGAAAGGGGUCCCAUCUCCUUGGUUGCAACUGGAUCUUAAGGCCUGAUGUCUCCUUUCCAGCCUAGCCUAGGAUGCCCUUGUACUCCUGAGAGAAGCAGGCAAUAAUACUACAGAAGGGGAUGAUAUGGAUCACUUAAAUAGCUAUCACUGGCUGGAGGAUGGAGUGAACUUUAUUUGAAAACCAGCUGCCAGUGAUCAACUCUACACCUCAAUGGCUCGAGAGUUUCAGCGAAAGCACACAACAGGAGGCAACACCAUAGGAGGCAACACCAUAGAAGAGCAGAGGGCGCGUUGGGAAAGGAAGAGGAUUCGAACUGCUAAAGAGUUGAUUGAGACUGAGCAGAGGUACUUCGAACAGCUGGAACUAGUUGUGGUGUAUUUUAUAGAAAUUUUAAAAGCAAAGGGGACCCUGCAGCCAGGUGUUCGAGAUGCCAUAUUUUGCACUUUAAAGGCCAUCCAUUCAGUAAAUAGGACGUUACUGAGUAAUCUUGAAAAUGGCAAGUUUGGAUUGGCCUUUGACCUCUUCUGCUCUCACCUUCAUCUUUAUAUCACUUACACAGACAAUAUGGAGCAGGCUGUCAAAGUCCUACAGGAACAAAUUAGGAAAAAUAAGCAAUUUGUACGUUUUAAGAGGCUCCAAGAAUCUAGACCAGAAUUCCAAGGGUUGAAACUGGAGGAUUUGCUCCCACUGCCGCGUAAGCGGGUUUAUCAGUACAAGCAUUUGUUGCGAGAUCUAAUCGAAAACACCAGCCCUGACAGUCCUGAAUUUCAACAGCUCACAAAUGCGGUAAAAGCAGUUUCUGAAGUUUCUCGGCACGUUGAAGACCGGGCCCGGAGCCACGAGAACCACCUGCAGAUGCUGAGAGUGCAGAAAGUGCUAAAAGGAAGGUGGAGCAAGGUGUUAGCUCCAGGAAGGAAAUAUAUUCGAGAGGGCUGGCUGACAAUUGUGCCUUCUAAGGGUGAGGAUUUAAAGCACAAAAUGUUCUUCCUGUUUUCUGACAUCCUCCUGAUGGCCAAGCCUUGUCACCCACUCCACCCAGUGCAUUCUGACAAAUUUGCCUGGCAGAAGACCUAUCCCUUGAUCGAGGGCACCGUAGAGAAAGUCUUUGGACACACCAAGAGUCAGGGGGGGCUUAUUAACCUAACUUUUCCUGAGGAGAAGCUCCUUGUGAUGUCGAAUGACCAGGAGGACAUCAAUGACUGGUACCGGUGCCUGUCUGCUGCCAUCGGACAGUUGAGGUCCCGGUCUGCCUUCGUACUGAGGAAGGAUAAUCUAGCAAGGAGGCCCUUACGGUCGGACAGAAAUACAACACCAGAGGAAACCUACCUGACCCCCUCACAAAGUGGAAACAAGAGAAGCUUGGACCAUGACCAACACCAGGUAAAGAACAUGAAUGCAAACAGCCAGCCGAUACAUGAAGGGACAGCUGUGAAGCGAAUCCGACUGGAGACAAACUCCACGAUGAGGCACGAGGAUGCUGGCCCCAGCGUGGAGCAGACGGGCACCAACUGUACCAUUCUGUAACGUGAUUGUGGAGCAGCAAGAACUGGCCUCCAUCACGUGUGAGGAGGGCUUCUGUUUAUUUUUGGAAUUAUAAGCAUGCAAUGGGUUCCUCACAAUCAUGAUCACAUGACCAGUUUGAAAUAAUAACGCAGACGUUGAAAGCUGAAUAGAUGGCUUGAAAGGAACUGAAAAAUUUGACCUGAGUCAAGAGGAAUCUGCUGAUUCCGAUGCUUUUGUUUCUGGGACUCGGUACCCGAUCCAUGCCGGAAGGCUGAGAGGGAGUGAGGGGUAACCAGGCAGCUGGUCUUAAUAUCCAUGCUGUCUCCCUGUUCAUUCCUGGUUGACCUGUCAGACUGGCCUUGAGCACUGAGCAUUUCAGGGCUCUCUGAUGUUUGUUUCGUUGCUGCCUGGUUGAAUCUCUCCUGCCCGGAUAUCUGGGAGGAGCUGUGGACUUUGCUGCUGGUUACACCCAAAAAAGGGAAAGAAGAACGUUUCUGUCACCCAUUUAAGCAAUGACCCAAUUAACAGGAAUUUGGAUGGCUGGGCUGCAUUUCCCACGCACCCUCCCAGUUACAAGCGUGAACCAAUUUGAUUAUGAAAGGGUAUAAGGUGUAUAGCAUCCCAUUGAACUUGGAGAUGAGUAGUCUGGAAAUCGGGGGGGGGGCGCAUUUGGGGUGAGUGGUGGUCUUGAAAUCAGGUCAAACAUGCUCCACAUGGAGAAUGAUGUGCUAAGACUAUAAUCAGAAGUCAGUGUGGUAUUACUUGUCUAUUUUAUGUCAAUAAGCUGUUGUUGAACAUUACACUUUUGCUCCUACCUUUGCAGAAUUGGAGUCAAACCAUUAACAAUAGUUUUGAAGAGAAAGUCAAGUGAGGUAUUGACUAGCUUCAAUUUGCUGUCAUAUCACGGGGUCAUAUGCUCAUCCCACACCGAGCUUUUCGGGUUUCCUGACCUGCAUUUACAGCACUUCAACAGUACCAUUUGCUCAAUUAUUGGAAGCUUUUUCAAGUGAAACUUUUGAUUAAUUACUUGACAUUGUCAUCGUGUAGCCUCUGACUGUUCUGUUGAGGAACUAAUUCAAAGAUUUUGGAAAAAAAGAGUUUGGUUUGUCCCAUUGAAAAUGCCAAAUGUACUUGUAUUUAAUAAGCAUUCUCUAAGUGUCCAUUCUGAGAGCCAGAGUAAAUACUCGUCAAUCGCCACACGCAAGUCUUAAUUAAUGGAGUAAUUGCUUUAUGUGCUCUCAAUUUUCGCACCGAUUUUAUUCAUCCUAAUUGUAUAAUGAUCCUGCCUCAGUGAUUGGCAGAAUAAUGAAUAAUUUGCAAAGCAUAAU